UAUGGCCUUAACAACAUUCUCUCUUAUAAUAUUGUAGAGAUAAUGAACUAAUAUGACUUGGAAUCAAGAGCAUUUGUAGUAGGCCAUGGCUCUUCCAAAGCUAUCCCAACUGCAUCUAAACAACGUAUUCAAUACGUAAAAGAUAUUACAAACAUUCAUUUGAGUAAAUACUUUUAUGAAACAUCCCCGAUAAUCAAUAUCAACAAUGUUGACAAAAUAACGUAGCGGUAAGCUAUUUCCAAAAAGGGAGAUUUAAGCUAUUUCACGUUGGAGUCCUGAUCCUGUCAAGCCGGCCUGACGGAAACCGUCGUCCAGCCGAGGCCAUCACAGGCUCUUCCCGGUGGAAUUUUUUGAUCAAACUUGUUGAGCAUGUUACUCGUCAAGUCUAGUUUAUCCAUACCAAAUUGCAGCUAAAAAUUCAAUCAGGAAGACAGUCAGAAAAAUUCCCUACAAAAAAUGCGCUGUUUAUAUAUAUAAUACACCGUUUUCGUGGGGGAUUUUUAUUACUGCUUUCCCGACUGAAUUUUUAUAUAAAAAUUUGGUAUAAAUAAACUAGACUUUAUAAAGGACAUGUUCAAAAAAUUUCAAUCAAAAAAUUCCCGUUGUACUAAAAGUCACCCAAUUACCCAAAUGACCUCAAUACGAUCUGCCCUCUUUCACGUUGUACUAAAAGUCACCCGCCACUGUGUAUAAAUUCCCAAUAUAUACUACUCCGUUUACCGGUGGGCGUAGCUCAACUGGUAGCAAGGGAGUGCCACAAGGGUUAGGUCUCGGGUUUCUGCAAGUACCGGAGACGGAGCCCCACUCUCUAUCUGUCAGGUUGUGAUUAUAGUCCAACUUACAUCCUCCCAUCGUGCUGUUCGGUCGAUAUUGGGGGCCCUCAGAAAUGGGGUAUCAUCCUUUUUUUUUUCAAUAUAUACUACUCCGCAAUAAGUCACCCGCCACUGUGAACAAUCAAUUUGAUUGUAAAAUCUUUGUUGGACCUCAUGGAUUACACAGCCAUUACCCCAUUUCUACUCUACCUUCCUCUCCUCUUCCCUCUGUAUCUCAUCUCUAAACACUUCCACCGGAAAUUCAAGAACUACCCGCCGGCCCCGUUCCUCGUCCUCCCCGUCAUCGGCCAUCUCUACCUUCUAAAGAAGCCUCUCCACAAAACCUUAACCAACAUUUCCAAGCGCUACGGACCGGUCGUCCUACUCGACUUCGGCUCCCGGAAAGUCCUCUCUGUCUCCUCUCCUUCCGCGGUGGAGGAAUGUCUGUCCAGAAACGACGUAGUUUUCGCGAAUCGCCCCCGCCUCAUGGUCGGGAAGUAUGUAGGGCUCAACUACACAGCCCUAGUCUGGACAUCCUACGGCGACCACUGGCGGAAUAUCCACAAAAUCCUCGGCGCCGAGGUCUUGUCGAAUACCCGCCUCCAUUCGUCCCCCGAAAUUCGAUCAGAUGAGGUGAAAUCCAUGAUUAGAAAGCUAGACUCGUAUUCAAAAGCGGAUUCUCCUGCUGACAUGAAGGCCGUGUUUUGCAAUCUCAUGUCGAACAUUAUGAUGAGGAUAGUCACCGGAAAAGGUUAUACCGGCGACGAUAAGGAAGUGGCUGGUCGAUUCAGGGAGAUCGUAAGGGAGGUUUUCCUGCUAAGUGAGGCCACCAAUGUGGGAGACUAUGUGCCAUCUUUGAGUUGGCUAUCCGUGAAAUUGGAGAAGAGCUUGCAACAGGUGCAGCUCCGAAAAGAUUCAUUCACAGAGGAUCUGAUUACAGAGUGCCGGGAAAGGAUGGUUAACGACGGCGGCAGCGGGGAGAAGAAAUCGUUGGUUGAAGUGCUGUUGACACGGCAGGCGGAGGAACCCGAGUGUUACACGGAUGAAAUGAUCAGAGGUCUCGUGGAGGUUGUCUUAGGAGCAGGAACAGACACAUCAAUUGCAACAAUAGAAUGGACACUCUCACUACUCUUGAACCACCAACAAGUCCUAAAGAAGGCGCAAAAGGAAAUUGAUGACCAUGUGGGACACGCGAGGCUAAUUGAAGAAUCAGAUAUGGCAAAACUCCCCUAUUUGAAUUGCAUAAUGAAGGAAUCAAUGAGAAUGUACCCUCCUGCCCCUUUGGCAAUCCCACACGAGUCCUCCGAAGAGUGCACCAUAGCAGGCUAUUGCAUCCCGAAAGGGACAAUGCUUUUGCUCAACUUGUAUUUCAUCCAAAGAGACCCCAAAUAUUGGGAUGAGCCGGAAAGGUUCAAACCAGAAAGAUUUGAAGGCUUAGAAGGAGUUACUGGUGCUAAAGACCAUGGGUAUAAAUGGAUGCCAUUCGGGUCUGGUAGGAGACGUUGUCCGGGAGAAACGCUAGCAUGGCGUGUGAUUGGGUUCUCAUUGGCGUCGGUUAUCCAAUGCUUUGAUUGGGAAAGAUUUGAAGGCGAAUUGGUAGAUAUGAGUGAAGGAAUUGGUUUGACUCUGCCCAAAGCAUUGCCUUUGAUCGCUAAGUGCAAGGCGCGGCCUUUUGUCACCAACCUUCUUUCCACUUAUUCAACAACAUGAUUUUUUGUGUUUUUGUUGUUGUAGUGUAAACAUUAGUUUCAUUUAUUAUUAUUCAUUUACUCAAAUCACGCUAUCAACUCGAAUUAGGAUCCGGUAGAGACAGAGUUGCCCCAUUAUGGUGUUACUACUGAUAAUAUUCUGAAUCAAUUAAUUAAA